AGGGUACAGUUAGCAGAGGUGAAGACGAAAAGUAUAAUAUUUUCAUUGAAUCAUUAAAAUGAAAAAGAUGAAGCAAACGAUUUCAUAAUGACUAAUCAAAAAACAGCGCAGAGAGAGUGAUCACUUGGAAUAAGUCAUUAUCAGUGUUUAAGUCUAAGCUGAUAGACAGAAGAGGGGUACUGACUCUAAAAUGAGUCUCUCUGGGGAGAGAGUGGAGGGGGACACUGCCUCUAAAAUGAGUAUUUUUGGAGAACAUGACACCACAGCUAAGAGGGUAAUCCAGCAGAAGAGACCAGCCUCCCCUGCACAGAGCUGUGACCCAUCUAUGCAACCUUCUAUGAAGUUAAGAAAAGUAGAUUCAAGUAUUAUUUCCAGGAACCAUAAAAAGAAACCAGACUCUCUGGUACCCAGCUGGGUGUCCAUGAAGAGUGACCGUUCUAUGAGACUACCAACACAUUUCAGAGUGGGAGACUUUUCUACACAUCAAAGAGACCAACAGCUGAGAUCAGAGCCUGAGAUUCUCAGUGGUCAAUCUGUCCAGAGUCAUCAAACAGACCUGUCCUCUAUAUUCAGUUUACUUGAACAGAAUAUCAUGACAUUUGUGAAGAAUGAGUUGAAGAGGUUCAAGACAAUGCUGAGUUCAGAUCUCCCAGAAGGCUUUGAGAGUCAGAGGGAGGAUGAGGAAGGUGUGGACCCUGAAGAUGAGAAGCAGGAGAGCAGUGCCAAAGAGGGGGUUCUGAAGAUCACACUGCAUGUCCUGAGGAACAUGAACCAGAAGGAUCUUGCUGACACACUGGAGAAAAAUGAGCUUGCUAUGAUUUGCCAACAUGAUCUCAAAUCUAACCUGAAGAAGAAGUUUCAGUGCUUAUUUGAGGGUAUCGCUAAACAAGGGAACCCAACACUUCUCAAUAAGAUCUACACAGAGCUCUGCAUCACAGAGGGUGGAAAGGGAGAAGUCAAUAAUGAACAUGAGGUGAGACAGAUUGAGCGAGCAACUAGGAAAAAUGCAAGACCAGAGACAGCAAUCAAAUGUAACGACAUCUUCAAACCCCUACAUGGACAAGACAAACCUAUCAGAACUGUGCUGACAAAGGGAGUCGCUGGAAUUGGAAAAACAGUCUCUGUGCAGAAGUUCAUUCUGGAUUGGGCUGGACAAAAAGCCAAUCAGGAUGUCCAAUUUGUAUUUUCCCUCCCUUUUAGGGAGUUGAAUUUGAUGAAAGGGGAAAAACUCAGUUUGAUUCAACUCAUCAAUCAUUUCUCAAUCGAAACCACAAAAGCAAGAAUCUCUAACUACAGCGAAUACAAAGUUCUGUUCAUCUUGGAUGGUCUGGAUGAGUGCCGACUGCCCCUUGACUUCAAGAACAACAAGAGCUGUUGUAAUGUGACAGAGUCAACCUCAGUGGAUGUGCUGCUGACAAACCUCAUCAAGGGAAAUCUGCUUCCCUCUGCUCUCCUCUGGAUAACUACCAGACCUGCAGCAGCCAAUCAGAUCCCUUCAGGGUGUGUUGACCAGGUGACAGAGGUGAGAGGGUUCAAUGACCCACAGAAAGAGGAGUACUUCAGGAAGAGAUUCAGUGAUGAGGACCUGGCCAGCAGAAUCAUCUCACACAUAAAGACAUCAAGGAGCCUCCACAUCAUGUGUCACAUACCAGUCUUCUGUUGGAUCGUUGCUACAAUCCUUGAGCACAUGUUGACUACAGAUGAUAAAGUAGAGCUGCCCAAGACCCUAACAGACAUGUACUCACACUUCCUUGUGUUUCAGUCCACACACAGGAAUGUAAAGUAUGAUGGGAAAAAAGAGACAGAUCAACACUGGAAUAAAGAGAGCAUUCUGACACUGGGAAAACUGGCAUUUCAACAACUACAGAAAGGCAAUCUGAUCUUCUAUGAAGACGACCUGAAAGAGUGUGGCAUUGAUAUUAGUGAAGCAUUAGUUUACUCAGGAGUCUGUACACAGAUCUUUAAAGAGGAAUGUGGGCUGAACCAAUACAAGGUGUUCUGCUUUGUCCAUCUGAGCAUUCAGGAGUUUCUAGCUGCUGUAUUUGUGUUUCUCUCAUUCAUCAACAACAAUGAAAAUCUAAUGGAUGAACAAAAAUCAACCGACAGGAACGUUUCAAUGUGGUUCGGAGAACAAGUCACAUUCUACAAGACUGCUGUGGAUAAAGCCUUCCAGAGUAAGACUGGACACCUGGACCUUUUCCUCCGCUUCCUUCUGGGUCUCUCACUGGAGUCAAAUCAGAAGCAUUUACGAGGUCUACUGACAAAGACCAGAAGCAGCUCACAGAGCCAUGAAAAAACAGUGAAGUACAUCAAGGAGAAGAUCAGGAAGAAUCCCUCUUCAGAGAGGUGCAUCAAUCUGUUCCACUGUCUGAAUGAACUGAAUGACCAUUCUCUAGUGGAGGAGAUCCAAAGAUACCUGAGUUCAGGAAGUCUCUCCAGAGGAAAACUGUCAUCUGCACAGUGGUCAGCUCUGGUCUUUGUGUUACUGACUUCAGAAGAGGAGAUUGAGGUGUUUGACCUGAAUAAAUACUCCACAUCAGAGAAAGGUCUUCUGGAGUUGUUGCCAGUGAUCAAAACCUGCAGAGCUGCUCUACUGUCAGGUUGUGGAAUCACUGAGGAAGGCUGUGCUUCUCUGGUCUCAGCUCUGAAGUCAAACCCCUCACACCUGAAAGAACUGGAUCUGAGUAACAAUGAACUGAAGGAUUUAGGAGGGAUUGAGCUCUCUGCUUUACUGAAGGAUCCACAAAGUAGACUGGAGACUCUGAAACUUUCAGGCUGUGGAAUCACUGAGGAAGGCUGUGCUUCUCUGGUCUCAGCUCUGAAGUCAAACCCCUCACACCUGAAAGAACUGAAUCUAAGUGACAAUCAGUUAAAGGAUUCAGGAGUGAAGCAGCUCUCUGCUAUGCUGAAGGAUUCAGAAUGUAGACUGGAGAGUCUGAGGCUGUCAUUUUGUCUGGUCACUGAGGAAGGCUGUGCUUCUCUGGUCUCCGCUCUGAAGUCAAACCCCUCACACCUGAAAGAACUGGAUCUGAGUAACAAUGACCUGAAGGAUACAGGAGUCAAGAGCCUCUCUGCUCUGCUGAAGGACCCACAAUGUAAACUGGAGACUCUGAGGUUGUCAGGCUGUCUGGUCACAGAGGAAGGCUGUGCUUCUCUGGUCUCAUCUCUGAAGUCAAACCCCUCACACCUGAAAGAACUGGAUCUGAGCUACAAUCACCCUGGAGACUCAGGAGUCAGACUGCUGUCUGCUGGUCUGGAGGAUCCACACUGGAGACUGAAAAAACUCAAUAUGGAUCAUGGUGGAGAAUGGAGGUUGAAAUCAGGACUGAAGAAAUAUGUCUGUGAUCUCACACUGGACCCAAACACAGUACACAGAAAACUCUCUCUGUCUGAGGAGAACAAAAAGGUGACAUGUGGGAGAGAGAAGCAGCCGUAUCCUGAUCACCCAGAGAGAUCUGACUUCUGGCCACAGGUGUUGUGUAGAGAGGGUCUGUCUGGACGCUGUUACUGGGAGGCAGAAUGGAGUGGGAGAGUGGCUGAGGUAGGAGUGACAUAUAAAGGAAUCAACAGGAGAGGAAAGGGUGUUGACUGUUGGCUUGGAUACAAUGACAAGUCCUGGAGUCUGGACUGUCAUGGUAACAGUUACUCAGUGAGGCACAAUAAUAAGACAACUGACAUACCUGUCACCUCCUCAGACCCCCACAGAGUAGGAGUGUAUCUGGACUGGCCAGCCGGCACUCUGUCCUUCUACAGGGUCUCCUCUGACACACUGACCCACCUGUACACAUUCAACACCACAUUCACUGAGCCCCUCUAUCCAGGGUUUGGGGUUUAUUCAAACUCCUCAGUGUCUCUGUGUCAGAUGGUCCCUGUGUCAAACACAACAUGAUGUUUCACUCUAAUCAUUGUCAUUUUCAGUUGGACACACUGAGAAUAACUCUCUAGUACAGAGUUAAUAUAUCACAUGAAUGUAAAUAAACCUGAAGAUGUAACCUGUAAACAAGAGUCAUUUAUCAAUAAAAUGAAUCACCACACUGGUCUGUAAAGCCUUCUCAUUUAGAAAUC